CGCCUCAUCGUUGGAAGGCUAGCCAUGCACCAGUUUCCUUGCUGGGAAAAGGCGGUGGGUUUGGAAGACUUUAUUUUUCACAGAAUGGGGUCCAGGGACAAGACCGAUCAAAAUCCAAAAGAGAAACAAAGGCCAAGGACGGGACGCGGGAGCGGCACCAAUCGCCAGGGGUCAACAACGGGGUGGAGGCGGAGAUAGACGACCUCACCGGCGUGGUCACUAUGUGCCAGCCAAUCGCGUCGAGUCCCUUGCCGCUCGCCCUCCGGUGCUGUCAAGUUCACCCGACCAAUCAUGUCUCAUACAAGCGUAGCACCACUUCUUGUGCUCACCAAGACCCCAAUCAACAUGACCGAUUCUCUCUCUCUUUGGGGCCUCCCUCCAAAGCUAUUUUUGACGGUCAUCAUGCGGGAAUCACGAGUGAGAAUGCAAGUGGAAGAGGUGCCUGAAUCCGGCCCGUACGCCAGUGGCCAAUCCGCUUCCAAACUGACCAAAGUGCUCGUCUACUCGACACAUGCUUCACGACCCUUCCAACCCGGAUCGUGUCAACAGCCGCUACCACAGUAUAUACCCAGACGUUUGCCUCGACGCCCCUCCUCCCGUUGACCUCCUGUUCAUGCGGAUGCUGUGCUGGUCCAUAUCACAUUGCGUUUCACUCUAGCGGAUACUCUGCCUGAGGGAUCGACGGUUCCCAAAAAGGCCAGCAGCUCAGAAAAGGAACUAUACUCCCCGGUAUCCGGCCUCAUCUCAUCAUGCCCCUUGGUAUCAGGACUUUCAUCAGCAGAAACAACACCAAGUAUAACUCGGCCUGGGUCUUGUCACUCCUGGCCACAUCACUCGUUCUCACUUGGCCUCAUCUCUGCCUCGCCAUUCCUUUACCUCAGCCUAACUUGUCUCCGAGAGGCAACAACAACCCAUUGAACAUUGAUUGGGAUCCCGCUCCGGCACCAGAAGACGGCCCCCCAUUGUCACGAGGUGCUAUACGUGACCCGGCCUAUCUCCCAGCACAGAUUGGCGGCAUUGUUGGUUCGUACGCGGUAUCAUUGGUCAUUGUCGCUACCCUUCUUCUUGUGCUUUCCAAAGGACGGCGUCAAGCUUUGAUCAACGCCGACCUUCCAGAAGAAGACAAGUACCUCGACUUCAACCCUCUCCCGGCAUAUCUUCAGCAGAGCGAGGAGGAAUUCAAGCAGACACUUGCGCAGUUCCACCAACAAGAACUCGGAGAGCACUUCCUCCAGCAGCAAGAGUACGGACAAGUCCCGCCACCACUUCCCACGCUGCAAAUCCCACCGAGCCCAUACAGGAACUGGGGAUUCAGAGAAUCACCACUUAGCGCCAGCAGAUCACACUCAGUCAUCUCUGCUGGGUCACCAACAUCGACGGUUCUCGCAUCCGGUUACGAUCUUUCAGUCGACCAGACGGUGAUCCAACACGACAGAGCCAUGGCGCAACAACAGCUAGAAGAGAUGUACAGGCAUGUGAUGGAGCAAGAGGAGGCAAAGGCAGAGGGGAGGCAGUACAUACCACCAAACCUACCAAGACCCUCGGUGUCAUCAUUUGCUUCCCAGCAACCCCAAGCCUCAGCAACACCAGGGACCGUCCGCAAGAACAAGCCUUCCAAUCUCAACCUCUCCAAGGAAAAGGAGGAGAAGCAAUCCCGCGGCGCCUCUUUCCUCAACUUUCUCAAAUCCCCCAAGAAGAACAAGGCGCCCCAAGGCCUCUCCAUCUCGUCGCCCAUCAUGACCCCGAUGUCCGGCACUUUCCCCCGCGGCUACCACCCGGACGUCGAUGGGCAAGAGAUGAACUCGAUCCCUCCGCGUCACUACGCCCCGGCCAAGCCACCUCCCAUCCCCUCGGACGUGCUCCCCUUCCGCCGUCAACAGGCUCAAUACCCCAGCCCCGACAUCUCCCCCGUAAGCACUCAGUCCAUCGACCAACGCAUCGACGUCGCCCUCCACCAUCCUGCAAAUCACGGCGAGCGCGAAGGAGCCCGCCCAGACGAGCGUCUCCCCUCGCACAUCCGCGACCCCUCGGCAGCCUCCAACGCCUCUUCCCUGACAGGAGACGCCUACCUCGCCGACCCGCCCUCUGCCGUCUCCGACCGGUCCACCUCGGGCCUCGUCUCCUCCGGGACCGUCGGCCUCCCCUCCUCCCCUCGCCCCGGCGCCAACCGCUUCCCCUCUCUCGACUCGACCCGUACCCUCCCCGCGUCUCCCAAACCAGGCGCUUCCUUCUCCUCUUCCCGCUCCGGCGCCUCCUCAACUGGAAAAUCCAGCACCCUCCGCCCCAACGCUCCCGCCCCUCUCAACUCUUUAAGCGGGAACGCCUCCGCCUCCUCCUCUGCCGUCCGCGCCGGCGGCGCUCUGCCGCUGCGCGCUUACGAGCCUUCCCUCGCUAGCCCCACCAGUGGAUCGCAGACAACUAAACAGACGGUAUUCACCCGCCAAGUGCCGGGACCCCUGAGUCCGGGCACCGCGGGCCUGAGAACACCGUGGACGGGCGCGCCCGUGCCGUAUAGUCCGUACCAACCCUUUUCGCCGGUGGUGCCGAUUACUCCGUCGUUGGUGACCAAGGCGGAUAGGAAGAGGAUGAAGAAGUUUGAGCCCAAGACGCCGACGGUGGAGAUGGUGAGGAGUGAAGAGGAGAUUUGGUAGGUGUGAGUAAAAGAUGGGAAUUUGAAGAAAACCAAAGAAAAAAAACAGAAAAUUGCAUGGUACUGGAAUUUGGUUUUGAAAUUUUUAGGGUGAAUGGAUGGAUGGUAGCAUUGGACGGAAAGAUUGCGGGGUAAAAAAACAUGGAUGGGUGAUGGAUAAGGUAUAAGUGGCAUGAUGGAUGGAUGGCAUGGACGGUGAUGGUGAUGGUGAUGGUGAUGAUAAAGCAGGAUGUUCUUUUUCACCCAUUUUUUGGUUCUCUGUUUUUGUCUUUCUCUUCGAUGGGUUGUACAUACACAUAACCGAUAUACCAAUUCUUCUCUGGUUGUUUUCCUUGAUGGAAAAAAGUUAAUUUGAUACUGACCUGGGUUUUACACUUCACCUGUGUGUCCAUCAGCUGCGAUGUUAUCCUUGAUGGUAAUGAAGUAGAGAAUGAUGUUGAUUGCCUGAAUGACUGGGAUUAAGAACAAUAC